AUGGCGCUUGCAAAAGCAGGUGUUCGCACCAAAUUGCAGCAGUAUCCAGGGUUGGCACAUUACUUCUGGAUCUUCUUCGGCCUCGAGGUCAGCAAGGAGUUUAUCAGUGACCUGAUUGCGGGAACUCAAUGGAUGAUUUCACAGAUGGCUUAG